AUGGCGCUGCUGAGCUCCCCCACGGAGACCGAGUGCCUCACCAAGCCGCUCUUCUGCCGGAAGGGGGCGCUGCGCCAGAAGGUCAUCCACGAGGUGAAGAGCCACAAGUUCGCCGCCCGCUUCUUCAAGCAGCCCACCUUCUGCAGCCACUGCACAGACUUCAUCUGGGGGAUUGGAAAACAGGGCCUUCAGUGUUUAGUAUGCAGCUUUGUCUUACACAAGAGAUGCCAUGAAUUCGUUACCUUUGAGUGUCCAGGAGCUGGGAAAGGACCCCAGACAGAUGAUCCACGGAGCAAGCAUAAGUUCAAGAUCCACAGUUACAGCAGCCCGACGUUCUGUGAUCACUGUGGCUCCCUCCUCUAUGGGCUGGUGCACCAGGGGAUGAAAUGUACCUGCUGCGAGAUGAAUGUGCACAAGCGCUGUGUCCACUGUGUGCCCAGCCUUUGUGGGGUGGACCACACAGAACGCCGGGGGCGCCUGAAACUCCACAUCGAGACGUUCGAGAGUGAUGAGAUUCGUGUGACUGUUCUUGAAGCGCUGAACUUGAUCCCGAUGGAUCCCAAUGGUCUCUCUGAUCCCUACGUGAAACUCAAGCUGAUCCCUGAUCCGAAGAAUUUAACAAAGCAGAAGACCCGGACUGUCCGAUCUACCCUCAAUCCUGUGUGGAAUGAAACUUUCAUUUUCAACCUGCAGCCAGGUGACAUGGAGCGGCGUCUCUCCAUUGAGGUGUGGGACUGGGACCGGACAACCCGCAACGAUUUCAUGGGAGCCAUGUCCUUUGGUGUCUCCGAGCUUUUCAAGGGCCCUGCGGAAGGCUGGUACAAAUUGCUCAAUCAGGAGGAGGGCGAAUAUUAUAGUGUCCCCGUGGCUGAUGCAGAAAACUGUGGGCUGCUGCAGAAAUUCGAGGCUUGCAACUUCCCUCUGGAGCUAUAUGAGAAGGUUUGCCACGGCCCCACCUCAUCGCCAUCCCCAAGCCCAACGGACUCCAAGCGUGGCACAUUCUUCGGCAUCAACCGUUUCCACAUCUCAGACUUCAACUUCCUCAUGGUGUUGGGAAAAGGCAGCUUUGGCAAGGUGAUGCUGGCAGAGCGACGUGGGACAGAAGAGCUGUUUGCCAUCAAGAUCCUGAAGAAAGAUGUGAUCAUCCAGGACGAUGAUGUGGAAUGCACCAUGGUGGAAAAGCGGGUCUUGGCCAUGGGGGAACGUCCUCAUUUCCUCACCCAGCUGCACUCCACUUUCCAAACUGCGGACCGGCUUUAUUUUGUUAUGGAGUAUGUCAACGGAGGUGACCUCAUGUACCACAUCCAGCAGGUUGGGAAAUUCAAGGAACCUCAUGCUAUGUUUUAUGCUGCUGAAAUUGCAAUUGGCUUGUUCUUUUUGCAUAACAAGGGAAUUAUUUAUAGAGAUUUGAAACUGGAUAACGUAAUGCUGGAUGUCGAUGGUCACAUAAAGAUCACAGAUUUUGGGAUGUGCAAAGAAAACAUCUUUCCUGGCGUUACCACCCGGACCUUUUGCGGAACACCUGACUACAUUGCUCCAGAGAUUAUCGCCUACCAGCCUUAUGGGAAAUCUGUGGACUGGUGGUCGUAUGGUGUCCUCCUUUAUGAGAUGCUGGCUGGACAGCCGCCAUUUGAUGGAGAAGAUGAGGACGAACUGUUCCAGUCCAUCAUGGAACAUACAGUGUCCUAUCCCAAAUCGCUUUCACGAGAGGCCGUCUCCAUCUGCAAAGGGUUCUUGACCAAGCAUCCGCUGAAGCGCCUGGGAUCUGGGCCUGAUGGUGAACGGGAUAUUCGAGAGCAUGGCUUUUUCCGCUGGAUGGACUGGGAAAGGCUGGAAAAUCUGGAAAUCGCCCCACCCUUCAUCCCCAGGCCAUGUGGCCGGAGUGGCGAAAAUUUUGACAAGUUCUUCACCCGAGCGCCACCAGCUCUGACGCCUCCAGACCAACUGGUCCUUGCAAGCAUUGACCAGAGUGAAUUCCAGGGGUUCACCUACAUUAACCCUGAAUUUGUACACCCGUCCACAUUGCGGAGGGGAAGCCUCUCCCCAACUAGCCUGCCCCUCUCUCCCACCGGGAUGCUCCCUUCCCCUACUUCCUUAGUGUGA